AUGACCAAAGAAUACAACCUUGCGAAGAGCUUCUAUCCGCCUGGUGAGCGUGUAUCGGAUUACCCUUCUCAAAUGGAGCUCCGUGCAGCUCCGGACCUCAGGAUCUACGACAAUGCUGCGCAUCAAUCAUACCGAAUGGUCAAAAUAUCAAGGAAUGACUGGCUCGCUCUUCUCUCCCUGACUGUCGGGUCCAGAUCGCCGAGCUGA